ACGGAAAAAGAAACGUGUUUUAAUGUGCGUUGAACAUCAAAAGUGAACAGUGUUUGGCUCACCAAAAUAUCUGUUGUCCAGUUACCAUACUUGACUAAAUUGGUCAGUUGUAGCACAGAUCAGUACUUUAAUCAAGAUCAAAGAAAAAGUGUUAAUGCAGAUACCAAUGAAUCUAACUCAACUUUACGCUUGCACAUGCACGCGGCUAGCCGCCCAAAGUGACAGUGUUAUCCUGUUGUCGACAUGCCUGAGGAAUUACAGAUUAAGUCCUUCCUUUCUGGCGAUGAAAAGGCAAAAUUUUCACAUUCAGAAAAGAUGUCUGUAUACGAGAAAGUAUAUUUCAAGAAUGUUCAUAAACCCUGGAAAACCACAGCCGAAAGAAACAGACCUGGUUUGCAAGAGUCACAAGCUGAUGCUAUACAAUGAUAUCAUCGCACAAGGACAUACAGGUGCCUUCCAUAUGUUACCAUUCGGAUUAAGAGCUUUUGAGAAACUGUCUCGAUUGAUAGAUGAAGAGUUACAAGCAUUGGGAUGUGAAAAACUGAUGCUGACAACAAUGACAAGCAAACACCUUUGGCAAAAAACCGGUCGGUGGGAUUCCAUGGGGUCAGAGCUGUUUAAAUUGAAGGACAGACAUGACAUGUACUAUUGCCUGGGGCCGACACAUGAAGAAGCCGUCACAGACCUGGUGGGGUCUCAGCCUAUCUCCUAUAGAACACUACCCAUUAUGCUGUAUCAGACCACUCGCAAGUUUCGUGAUGAAAUGGCACCGAAAUAUGGUUUAUUAAGAGGACGGGAAUUUGAAAUGAAAGAUUUAUAUACUUUUGAUUCAUCUGAAGAAAAUGCAAAGGAAACUUAUGAGAGAAUUAACAAUGCCUACAUCAGUAUAUUCAACAGGCUACACUUAAAUUAUAUUAGAGUUGCUGGGGACUCUGGUGCUAUAGGGGGAGAUCUGUCUCAUGAGUUUCACAUCCUAGCAGAUAUAGGACAGGACAAACUUCUCAUUUGUUCAGAUUGUGGCCUAGGAUGGAACCAGGAGUUAGUAGACAGCCAGAGCAGUCAGACGUGCUCAAGGUCAGAUUGUGGACCAAAUUUGACAGACAAAAUUGGGAUAGAGGUGGGACAUACAUUUUUCCUAGGAACAAAAUAUUCCAAACCAUUGAAUGCUACCUUCCAGACAGAGACAGGCAAACAGGAGUUACUACAGAUGGGCUGUUACGGGCUUGGAGUGACCCGAAUCUUGCAGUCAGGGUUGGAGGUGCUGUCUCUGGAGAAUCAGAUUCGUUGGCCACACCUUCUGGCUCCUUACCAAGUCUUGAUCAUCCCCCAGAAGGCAGGCUAUAAAGCAGGUGUGUGUUUGGAUUUAGCGGAGUGCCUGUCUGAUCGCCUCUCAUUGAAUGCCGCACUAACAAAUGAGGUUGUGAUAGAUGACAGGACGCAGAUGACCAUCGGCAAACGACUGUACGAAGCCAAGAGAUUAGGGUUUCCUUACAUAGUUGUGGCUGGAAAAACGGCUUUACAGACGCCUGCCAUGUUUGAAGUGAUAGAGGUAGCCUCUGGAGCCACAGAGACAAUGACAGAGGAUCAGCUGUUUGAUAAACUCUCCUGUAUAGAGACAAUACCCUGUCAUUCUUGACAAGAACUGAUAUAGGUAGCCUCUGGGGCCACAGAGACAAUGACAGAGGAUCAGCUGUUUGAUAAACUCUCCUGUAUAGAGACAAUACCCUGUCAUUCUUGACAAGAUGUGAUAUAGGUAGCCUCUGGAGCCACAGAGACAAUGACAGAUGAUCAGCUGUUUGAUAAACUCUCCUGUAUAGAGACAAUACCCUGUCAUUCUUGACAAGAACUGAUAUAGGUAGCCUCUGGAGCCACAGAGACAAUGACAGAGGAUCAGCUGUUUGAUAAACUCUCCUGUAUAGAGACAAUACCCUGUCAUUCUUGACAAGGACAGUCUGCUUAGUGUGUAAUGGGGCUAAAUUGACGAACAUAACUUAAUAAUUACAGCGAAUAUUGUGAAUUUAGUUUCAUGGAAAAAUUGAAUUAUUAUAAUGUAUUGGGCAUAAGCAUGUAACAUUAUCUAUGAUGGAGGAAAGUUUGAGGAAUAGGUUGUUGUUUCUUUAAUUUGUUGUGAUUUAGUUCAAUGUAGGUCUAAUAUGAAUAAGGCAAAUCUGAGUUAGAGUUCUUGAAGAUAACAGCAGCAGGACUGUUGAGAAUUUCAACAGGC